AUUGGCUAUCCAGUUUACCGGGAAUUGAAUAGUGAUAAAGUUCUUUGGAGUCUUAGAUCGUUCUCCAUCAACAAUGUCUCGAGGUGCUGUUAUCAUCGUUCUGGUGUUCCUCAGUGCUGUUAUCGCCGAAGAAAAAUAUGGCGACAAAUAUGAUCACAUCGAUGUAGACGGAAUUCUUGAGAAUGACAGACAGAGGGAGACUUACUAUCAAUGUUUCGCCGGUACUGGACCUUGUAAAACUGCUGCCGCCAGGUUCUUCAGGGACACUCUUCCAGAGGCGAUCGUGACGAGAUGCAAAAAAUGUACAGAGAGACAAACCAUCAAUUUCGAUAAAAUAAGCGAAUGGUAUACAAAAAAUGAGCCUGAGAAAUAUCAAAUCAUUGUUGCUAAAGCAGUUCGAGAUAUAAUGGCCAGAUCGGCGUAAGUUCCCUGGAGGAAUUAAUUGAUGAGGCCGGAACAAUCAUUAGAUAUUGCUCCCUGAGACUGGUAUUGAUACAAAUGGAAGGAUUUUAUUCUGGAGCCAAUAAUGUAUAAUUUAAAUAAUUAAGCCUCCAGCUAAUAAAGAACUGUUAUUGUUGUUAAA